GACUAAAAUUGCAUUCGCGAUAUUAAUUUUAUAUUUUGUAUAGAAUUUCAAAUUGAAUUAGUGUUGAAAAUAUAAUUUAAUUAAAAUUAAAAUAGUCAUUGUAUGCAAUAUAAGCAGUGACGACUGGGCCCCGCACAUAAAUAAAAUGUAUAUACCUGAGAAGAUCUUUACCAUAAUAUUGGUAGGGAAUUUUUUAAUCGAUUCUUCUUACAUGAUCGCUAAUGGCGUUCAUUCUAAAAAUAUUUUCGACAAACAUUUGCAUGGCAAUUAUUUCAAAGCUAAGGAUAGAAACAACAAUCAACACUUUGUUGCAAACAAGUUAAAAAAUUCAACUUCUCUGCUGUAUGGCGAAAGCAUGAAUGAACCGAACUUGUCGACUAACGGAAAACUCGAAGCAAAAAUAAUUACUUCGAAUUUUGAUGCGAACAGUGACGGUCGGCGAAGCCUUGUGAACGCUACCGAACAAUUUAAAGAUAAAAGCGAUUAUAUUUGCUUAUUAGAACAUAUAAAAUCUGCGCAACUAUGGUGGACUUACACGAACGGAACGCUUCGGAUAGCCGAAUCUAACUCCUCAAUUGAUAUAUCGCAUCUAAAUUUACAAACCGAUGUUAGACUUUAUGCGAUGCUUCAAAAUAAAUUGACAAUCAUUGGCCAAAAGAAAGAAAUAGCGAUAUUCAGUGGAGCCUAUAAUAAACUUACGAGCGUACCAUAUAAAACAUUGCAAAGUAUUUCGAAGCAUUUACUGUACUUGACAUUAAGCGGUAAUAACUUCCCAUUAUCUUCAUCGAAUCCUCGAAAAAACGGUUUAGUGUCAUGGGCUGCAUUUCCUCCUCUACCCAAACUGAUUGAGCUGGAUCUUAGCCAUUGCGGCAUCGAAUAUAUUUUGCCAAGCGUUUUCGAAAAUAUGCGAAAUUUGCAAAAACUUUUUAUGUCGCACAACAAUUUCUUCACAUUGUCCUUUGAUACCUUUGUCAACAUACAAUACUUAGAGUAUUUGGAUAUAUCGUUCAAUAAUUACAAAUCGACACGCCCAAAUUUAGAAGAAAUUCUUCAUAUCAAUUAUGGCAUCAGUAUUGAACAAUUCACAUUUAAAUAUUUACCGGAAUUAAAGUAUUUGGAUUUAUCGCAUACAAAGUUGGCUGGGACUAGUCUUGUUGCGUUCACUCAUCUCAGUGGCAAACUGAAAUAUUUAAGUCUAUGUUACACUGAUUUGCCCAUAAUAGGUAAUGAUUUAUUCAAAAGUACCGUUCUUGAGGGUCUCGAUCUAUCUGGCAACACCUAUGCCGCAAAUAAUAUUAUGGAUAACGCAUUUGAAGGCGUCUCUGACACUUUACUGUACCUCUACUUUGAAAGAUCUAACCUGAAGAAUUUGCAUUGGAUCAAGUGCUUGGGUAAACUGUUAAUCCUAAGUUUGGCGGGGAAUAACAUUAAUACCAUAUCAUUUGAUACAUUUAGAUCAUUACAUGACGUGGAGUUGCUUGAUUUAAGUUCGAAUCAUGUGGGCAAUUGGUACAGUCGCGUUUUCAACGAGAACGUAAAUUUGAAAGCGUUAAUUUUACGCGACAACAAUAUUAACAUAGUAACUACGGAAAUGCUUAAGGACUUUAAUACGCUGGACUAUCUAAGCCUUGGCCAUAAUAAUUUCAUUUGCGAUUGCAUGCUUAAGGACAUUGUUGAUAUGGCUAUCCCAAACUGUUAUAACAGUGAUUGCGAGCAAUUUGGACAAAAUGAAAGAAUGAAAAGGCCAUCUAAUGAAAUCGAAACCAGAUCGUCUGAAUUUUGGAUCGCGAGAUCGAUGUUUUUUUCGAAAGCAGAAGAUGCAAUUCUACAAAGUGAAAAACGCAAGACUUCAAGGAGACACUUUAAAAUAUAUCGCACAAAGUAUGCCAUCCGGCCGCUUCAUUUAUCAAAUAUCGAAACAUUUGCACCGAUUUAUGAUAAAUUAAAUGGAACAUCACUCAGAUUCCGAUUGUUCGAUUAUGAAGAAGAGCACUAUUGGUGUUUCAAUGAAACGGAACGCCGAACAGUUAUUACAUUGAAUUGCCAGCAGCCUUCGAUCGUUGAAGAGAUUACCAAUUACUUACAUUCGCUUACCAUAUUUGUAAGCACAUCCAUUGGAACCGUAAUCGUAUUGGUCGUAGUUGCAAUUUUAAUUUAUUUCAAUCGUUGGCACCUUUUUUAUUAUUACACUUCUUUACGAUCAGCGACACUUUUAUCAAGAGCUUUUAAAAAACGCGCAGAUAAAUUCAUUAUUUCAGCUCACAAUUGCCCGAACAUGAUUUAUGAUCUAUUCAUUAGCUACUGCCAAAGCGAUCGCAAUUGGAUAUUAGAAGAACUCCUACCAAAUAUCGAAGAUACAAAUGAAAUCUCUUUAUGCUUGCACGAACGCGAUUUUCAAAUAGGUGUUACUAUACUCGAUAACAUUAUGUCCUGUAUGGAUCGAUCACGAGCCAUUAUGUUGCUCAUUUCAUCCAAUUUUUUGCUUAGCCACUGGUGCCAAUUUGAAAUGUACCUCGCCCAGCAUAGUAUAUUUGACGCCAGUAAAAAUCAUUUGAUUAUUGUAUUUCUGGAGGAUAUACCAAAAGCUAAACGUCCCAAAACGCUACAAUAUUUAAUGCAGAUAAAGACUUACAUUAAAUGGCCCAGUGGUGAUAAGAACACAACAAGACUAUCAGAAGAGAGAAAGAUUUUUUGGAAACGUUUGAAACGUGCCUUAAUGAACAUCGGAUUAAAUCCUGUUGAAUCGAAAACUUAACCUAACUAAAUUAUUAAUUAUUUAUGCCAUUAUCCAAAUUCUUGUAGUACU